AUGAAUCUCGAGGAAAAACUCACCAAAUCUCUCAGCGACAUCCUACGUACGUCCGGCUAUGUCUUUGAGAUCAUCAACAACAACAAGCGGCAGAGCAAUCUCAUAGCAGGCCCAAACAACCAGCUUAUUCCGCCGCCCAUGAUGGAGCAGCUUGCGCAGAAAAUCGCCAGUUUCGAGCUGAUUCUCGACGACACCGUCGCCAAGUUCAACGACGCGCCGUGGUGCGUGGACCAAAUCGUCCAGAACAAGAAGAAGCAGGACGAGCAGAAGAUCCGGGAAGAUCGAGAGCGGCAGCAGCGAGAGGAGGCGGAGCGCAAAAGGAAAAUCGAAGAGGAGGCGCUAGCGCAGAAGAGGCGGGCCGAGGCCGAAAAGGCGGCACGUGACAAGCAGCGGGCCGACCAGGAACACAGGGACAGGUUGGCCCGUGAACAAGAGCAGAGGGAGCAAACGGCUAAGGACAGCCAGAAAGCCCAGCAGCACCAAAACCAGCAGCACCAGCAAACGCGGCAAAAUGCCCAUAACCCGAAUCAGCAGAACCAGGCACAGCUACUGCAGCAAUACACGGACCACGAGGGCAUGGCCGACGGGCCCAUCCUGCAGAACGAGCUCAUGGACCCGAGCUUCGAUCUCGACAUGGAUAUCCCCAACCCCUCGGACAUCCUCUCGAUGAAUUUCAAGGACGAUGCAGACCCCGGCAUGGGCGCAAAGGAGGGCAACCCGCCAAACACAGACAACCCCAACUCGGACGUGAACGGCAUGAUCAAAGGCAGCGACUCGCUCUUGGACGACUUGAAUAUGGACUUGCUCGGGGAAGGGUUCGACGAGGGCCCGGCAGGCGGGGAGGAGGAGUUUGAUGUGGAGAAUUUCUUGAACCAGUUUGGCCACGGAGGCUGA